AUGGACAGCGGUGAAGGAGGGGAUGGAGGGGGAGGAGAGGAGCGUGAGUCUGACCUCGGUCCCCAGGGGUUAUCUGCUCCUCUGCGGUCUCGGGCAGCCAUUCCUGAGCAAGGGUCACACGCUCAUACCUCAGUCAUGGCCCCUGCCAAAGAGUCCCUGACCCCCUCGCCACAAGGGGCAGAGGAGGUCCAGGGAGAUGAGCAGGCUGAAGCAGGACUGAAGGGUAACCAGAGGGAGGGAUGUUUGUCAGGGGAAAGAAGGAAAGAAGAGGAGGUGCACUUAGGUGUGGAAGAGGUGUCAGUUACAGGCAGCGGAGGCCAAGAGGAGGAGGAGGCCAUCUCAAACCAAAGCCAAAAUAAAUCCAAAUGUUCUUUAUUACCUCAACAGAGCCAGCACUGCUCUUCUUCCAGCACUGCACAGGCCAGUGGCACACUCAACAGCAAAAUAGUCCCUACCCCUUCCUCCUCUCCAAAGCCCGCUCCUACACUCUCCGCCUCUCCAAAGCACUUCACAUGUUCGUCCUCCUCGUCUGCUCUGCAUCCCGACGCAGAGGUAACAGAUAUUAAUGGAGAUCAGGGCUGGAUUUCUGGGUUUCCUCAGAGCUUUAAAUCCCAGCAGUCAAGUGCGGCAUUUCUAGAACUGGCAGGUAUGGGACCUGCCAGUAUACCCACUGCUGAGGACGGAGGGCCGCAAGGGGUUCCUCACUCUUCCGUUACCAAUGGAAAUGGUGCCAAAGCUCCAGAACCAAAUGACAGUCAACCAGAGACAGAGGUGGAUGAUGAAAGAGAAAAGGAGGAUCUAAAAGACGAAGCUGUACCUAAAAACCUCAACCAAGACCUCUCACCAAAUUCACUGACGAGUCACAUGACCAUAAUGCACUCACGCAAUUCAUGCAAGACACUAAAAUGCCCGAAGUGUAACUGGCACUAUAAAUCCCAGCACACACUCCAAGUCCACAUGAAAGAAAAACACCCAGAAACCGGAGGUCAGUGUGUGUGUGGAGCCUCCGGUGGCAAAUGUGUCUGUGGGGGGGCAACUCGAGGGGUGUGCACAUACUGCAGUUCAGGGAAGCCUCAUCCUCGCCUGGCCCGUGGCGAGACUUAUGCCUGCGGCUAUAAGCCCUAUCGCUGUGAGGUGUGCGACUAUGCCACUUCCUCCAAAGGGAAUUUGAGCAUACACAUGCAGUCAGACAAGCACCUGAACAACGUCCAAAAUGGGGGAAGCACAAACGGUCAUGUGCAAGCCAGCAUCAGCAGCACCCCUAGUGGACACACAGUGGACGAGCAGGCGUACAAACUUCCACUGGCUCUCCACACUCCUGCCAUCCAGCCAGCUAAGAUCACAUCGGCAGUGCACUCACACUCACAUGGUGGCAAACGUUGGCGUUGUGAUGUUUGUGAUUAUGAGACCAGCAUUGCUCGCAACCUGCGUAUUCACACCACCAGCGAGAAGCACACACACAACAUGCUGCGGCUCCAGAGAGGAUACUACCUGUCUCAGUGCAGAGGGCUGGCCCAACCACUCAAACAUCUGCAGAACACCGGUGGAGAGCUCUCAUUAAGCAUGCGCCUAAGUCAGCAGGUUCCAGAAGCGUCUGUAACUCUAGGGUCAGCUCUGACUCCAUCCCCAUCACCUUCGCCCUCGCCCCCUCCAGUCGCCCCUCUGUCCCCUUCAGGAGCCCUCACUCUCUGUGUUUUCCAGUGUUUGAUAUGCUCCAGCUUCUCCUCUGACAGCCUGGAGAAUGUGGAGCAGCACCUGAACAGCCCUCGCACUCUGCCACAGUCUGAAUGGUGCUCUCUAGUUGCUGGGGGAUGCCACUGCAGGCUGUGCGGUUACACCACCCCGCUGAGGGCCAACUUCUCCCUGCACUGCCAGACUGACCGACACCGCACCAGGUACCAGCUGGCAGCCCAUGUGCAGGAAGGUGGAGACAGGGGUCAGGAAGGUGCUGCCCUGAUUGCUAAGGGAAACCCCGUCCAACUGCGAUGCAAUCUGUGCGACUAUGUAAGCAGCAGCCUGGAGAAGCUCCGUGGGCACUCGCUCAGUGCACAACAUAAAGCUGGCAUCCGCGUCUACAGAUUUUUGCAGCAGUAUGACAGUGAGGUUGACGAAGGCUCGUGGCUCUUCUAUUGUCUCCUAUGCAACCACUCUUGCUCAUCUAAAAUUCAAGUACUCAAACACAGUCAAACCCCAACCCAUCAGCAGAGGGAAGGGCUGAUCCAGCUGCAGCCAAUGGGGGGUGAAGAGCUAGCAGCCAUUUUCACCAUCAGGAAAAACACUGAGGGAGUCACAGAAGAGCCCAGCGAUGACAUUAACAAUACCAGUGAGCUUCACAUGGGUCUUCUGGACCAAACCAAAGACACAAGCAACACGGGGUCAAAGAUGAUUUCAGUAGAGAGGGAAAAUGGGAGAAAAGAACUGGAAAAGGGAGAGUUGAAGCGCUUAUUCUCUGAAUGCAUAGAAAUCGACAAUACCAUCUCAAACAAACGGCCCAAAAUUCACCAGCAAAAAGAAAACCAGCAGACUGUCCAGUGCCCCUUGUGCCAGCUCCCAGUCCCUUACGUGACCAUUCGCCAUCACCUCACUCAUGUGCACAGUGUGGCACAGGACUGUGUUGACAAGCUCAUCAGUACUGUAACGCCACCAGUAGAACAACCUCCGCCUCACGCAAAGGUGGAUGCUUCACCCGCCUCUAGUGCAGAUGAAGACGAAAUGAAAAAUGGGAAGACUAGUAAUGCAAAGACUGCGGAUGCUAUGACUUCUGCUGAUGCACAGAAAAAUGGCAUGUCUAAAGAAACCACUGAAAGUGAAGUUGCCGCACCCAAAGAUGUCACAGCUCUGCUCACCCCACCUCUAGAGGACCACACGACUCACCCCUCCAACGGCAAAGUGGCUCCUCAGUCCCCCUCCUCUCCGCCUACGUCUCCAUCCAGCGACCCCACUCCUCUCACUGAUCGCCAUGGUUACCGUUUUCGCUGCAGCAGGUGCAGCCUAGCGUUUCCUACUCAAGAGAAGCUGCAGCUACACUGGCAAUACCAUGCCAUGAGGGCGGCGACAGAGUGUCCCUUGUGCUCCAGACAAUGUCGCAGCCAGGAGGCCCUACAGCGACAUAUGCAGAACACACACUCCGGGCAACAGCUGGACAACUUGCAGGGGCAGAACACACAUUUACUGCCCCAUACCGCGCACUACAUGGAGCAUAACAAGAGCGCCUUUCAGCAGGAUUUCAGCCUGUCACCUCAAAUUGGACAAGAAGCAGGAGAGGGCGAGGAUGAGGAAAUGGAGGAAGAGGAAGCUUUAGAAAAUGAGAAAAAACAGCACUUAAAAGAAAUAGUGAGCGAAGGAGAAGAAGCAGUGCCCUCCUCCCAGAGUCCCCUACGCUGCUGUAAAUGGCGAGCCUCUGAGAGCUCUACUGCAGAGCUAUGGCCACUCAUCAGCAGCCUAUGGAGCUCCAAAGAGAACUCCAUCGGGGCCGACGCUCUUCUCGAACCCGCUUCACAGAGCAACAACUUGAGACCCUUCAGGAAUGCAAGACAGAGAGCCCGCAAGAAUCAAGACAGGGGUAAUGACGAAAACUUUGGAGGGGAGAUUAAGAGCCACUUUGACAACAUCCGCACACAGAGUAAUGGCAUCAGUACAAACAAUGAUGAAGAGGAGACUAGAGGUGGCAAAGACAUGGACGAGGAACACAGGCGAGACAAGCGGCAGAGAACAACCAUCACCCCAGAACAAUUGGAGGUGUUGUACCAGCGCUACAGCAUGGACUCAAACCCCACCAGAGGAGUCCUGGAAAGCAUUGCUCGAGAUGUGGGCCUUACAAGACGUGUUGUUCAGGUCUGGUUCCAGAAUACAAGAGCCAGAGAAAGGAAAGGACAGUUCCGGUCAAUGGGUCCAGGAUCCACCUUCAAUUUGGGUUUAAACCACUUACGCUGCCCGUUUUGUAGAGCCCUCUUCAAAGUAAAGAGCGCCUUAGAUGCCCAUAUGCGAUCUCGACACUGGGCUGAAGUGGAAAGAGCAGGCUUUAACAUGUCAAUAAGCAAUGGAUCCAACGGACAAAUGGGUACAUCCUCAGUCAUUGAAAGACCUGGCCCAUCGAUCUCCUCCAGCCAUCUCACACACCUCGGUUAUCAAGUGAACAAAGAGACAAAUGCCAGAGCCGCAAUGUCAUCCAUGUCCAUAACAACAGAUCUCAACAACCCAGAUGAGGAUGACGACUAUGAGGAAGAAGAGGAUGAGUACACGUGUGAGGAGAGCUCCAGUAUGGCCGACCUGGCAUCUUCCAGUCCGGAGGGAUCUGGGGGGCCGAGUUCUGAUUGGGGUGAGACACCAAAUUUGCAGCAGAACUACCAACAUUCACAACAGCAGCGCCAAAGGACGCAGAUGAGCCACUUUCAGAUUCUCCAGCUUCGAGACUUCUACAGGACCCAUCGAACACCCAACCGACAGAAGUGCGAGGCGCUUGGUCAGGAACUUGGACUGCCCCACCGGGUUGUGCAGGUGUGGUUCCAGAACGCGCGGGCAAAAGAGAAGAGAGCCCGCAGCAUGAGUUCGGACUCUGUGGAGCGAGAGGCAGAUCUCAGCGCGGGGGCCGGGGAGCGGGAUCGAGCCUGA